AAAAGCAUUCGCAUCCAAGAGGCACGUGAGCCUCUUAAUUCGUCUCCCCAUGAUCAUAGGCGGUACAUAGCUAUGUCCUUCAAGUAUGAGGACUUGUUUAGGAGUCGUUGCUACAAGUAGUUCAGCACGUACUAGGCCUCCAUUUCCACACUGCAGGACGUCGAGUCCUUUUUACACAGCAUUGAGCAGGAGACACAAUCUUAGUAACAACGACAAGUGUUACCACUCUAAGAACGCUAUCUGCUUGCCCUUGGUAAAUAGUAACACCAACAACUACGAAAACGCUUUCAUCGUCUCCAUAACGACCCUUCUUGCGAGUAGAAAAAUGGCAACGGCAUCCUCGUCCUCUUCUCGCCCGCCUCGGGUGUUUAGUCAAGAGGGCCGCUUCCUUUUUGACUUGAGCGGAUUUCUCAUUCUACGACAAGCAACAGAACCGGAGCUGCUGAAGGAGAUGAGCAGCUUAGUAGAUGCGUGGAAGCUUGACCCGGGGAAAGUCAGACAUCGCUAUGAAGGAAAAGGGGAGGAAAUUUCAUCUAGGUAGUCGUAGUAUAGAAGUUCGUCUACGUCUAGUUCUUGUAGAUACUGGCCCUUUAUUCACACGGAGGACUACAUUAAAAUGAAGAGGUCCUACGAAAACCUCAACGAAUUUUUUGACGAGCGGCCUGACGCCAUCCCCAUCAGUGUCUAAUCUUGAGAAGGUCCCAAGCUGAAAAACGCACCCAAGGACUCAGCUUAUGCUGGCGACUCCGCAGCAGCGCAACACUCUAGAGGCGACCUUGGUGGGAUACUACAAGAGAAGGCGCGCCGUCAAAUUUUGACGCGUCCGCAGUUGGUUGCAUGUUACGAGGCUUUGCUUGGGAGGGGUUAUGGUGUGGUUUUUGUUGUAUACUGUGUUGCGACGCUAAAGAUUUUGGAUAGCGGAAUGCCAAUUAAGAUCAUUCUUACAAUGUCCAUGCGCCGUAUUAUCACCAGAUAACAGCGCUGCGACUCGUCGAUCAGCAAUGACUGGCAUCCUCUGAGUCCUACUGUCGGCAUUCUCUCUCUUGGUCUAAAACCAAUUCCGCAUGGACCGCCAGCCUUUCGUGAUUUUGCAGAGCGAAAAAAGUGAAAGCUUCUCGCUGCACGGCGGGCCGGUAGCUGGGAAGGUUCAUAGGUAUAGUCACUCUCGUCUUCACUUGAUGCUGUUAAUUACCUUGUCCCAGAUGGAGUAGCUAUCAGUACCAGUUGCAGUGGCAACAGGGGAACACGCGCGAGCAGUAUACUAGUUUGUGAGUCAGUUGCAGAGUGAGAAUCUAGUGCAGUUAGUCGCUUAGUAGUCAUCUGCAGAGCGAGAAUCUAGCGCAUUUAGGGAAGAAAUCUUGGCGAUGAUGACCAGCGGCCAAGAUGCCAGAAUCUUCCUGAUGGAAAAGCUCGCGAUAGGAAACGAAUUCAAUUGCUUGGCGAUAAAAACUAACUUUCUUGGAUAUUGACUUGAGUUGGUCAGUUUCAAUUUCGAAGCACCAAAAUCGAUCUUAGGUAGUGUCUUUGAGGUCGAGUUGUUGAGUGUUAGGUCUAAGAUUAUGCCAAUGUGUGGACUUUUCUAGACUUUAGCACCAAUAUCAAUCUUAGAGAGCAGCUUGGGGCUAAGUCCUUGAAUGUUAGGCCUGUUAAAAGGAGGACAUAGCGUCACUUUUUCUAGACUUUAGAACCAAUAUCAAUCUUAGCUAGUGAUCUAAGGCCAAAUCGUUGAAGGUUAGGCCUAAGAUUGGCAUAGAAGGUGAGUUUUUCUAGAGUUCAGCUCCAGUGUCGACCUUUGGUAGUAACUGGAGGCCAAGUUGUUGGAUGUUAGACCUAAGAUUGGCAUAGAAGCUGAGCCUUUCUAGACUUUAGCACCGAUAUUAGGUAGUAACUGGAGGCCAUAUUGUUGAAUGUUAGGCCUAGGAUUAGCAUAGAAGGCGAGCCUUUCUAGAGGUUAGCUCCAAUGUCGAUCUUAGGUAGUAACUGGAGGCCAAAUUAUUGGACGUUAGACCUAAGACUGGCGUAGGAGGUGAGUUUUUCUAGACUUUAGCACCAGUGUCGAUCUUAGGGAGUGUCUUUGGGGUCGAGUUGUUGAGUGUUAGGCCUAAGAUUGUGUCAAUAUGUGGACUCUUCUAGACUUUAGCACCAGUAUCAAUCUUAGAGGGCAGCUUGGGGCUAAGUCCUUGAAUGUUAGGCCUAAAAGGAGGAUACAGCAUCACUCUUUCUAGACUUUAGAACCAGUAUCAAUCUUAGCUAGUGAUCUAAGGCUAAGUCGUUGAAUGUUAGGCCUAAGAUUGGGAUAGAUGGUGAGUUUUUCUAGAGUUUAGCUCCAGCGUCGAUCUUUGGUAGUAACUGGAGGCCAAAUUGUUGGACGUUAGGCCUAGGAUUGGCAUAGAAGCUGAGACUUUGGAGAGUUUGGAUCCAAUACCGAUCUUACGUACUAGCUUAAGGCCAACCUGUUGCCAUUUGCCUUCAGUUUUCAACUUUUUGGGCAUUUGGUGGCAAUCCAUUUGCUAUCUCUUCGCCAGGAAAUUAAUUUCAAUUUUAGGAGAUAAAAUCAGAAUUUUUGUGAAAUGGGGUGAUUCCUUGUGUGGAAUCUAGUGCUGUUUCGCAUUAAUCAAUGAAAUUUUCUUGCAAAUUUCUCGAUGAUGAUCUAUUCGUCCAUGCAUACUGGAUUCGCGAACCACGUGCAGAAGCAGCAAGCAUAUACUUUAAAUCUACCAGCAACAAUCUUCACAAUCGCCCUACUACAUCACAGGCCAGUGCCCGAAUUGCAGUACACGUGCAUCAAUGGGUUCCUCAACAACACUCUACUCGCAGUUAGUGUGGCUUUAGCUGACGCACCUGAAGGUGCUGGAGGCUUUUGCGUCGUACCUGGUUCACAUAAGAUGAAUUUCUCGAUGCCGGAGGGAUUCGAUGACGGUCGAAAUGAAGCGUCUUUUCGAGAAUGUGUCCGACAACCUGCACUGAAGGCUGGCGAUGUGCUGCUUUUUUCAGGAGCAACAGUGCAUGGGGCAUUGCCAUGGAGAGCGGCGCAUGAAAGGAGGCAGGCUUUGUACAUUAUGGUGAGAGAUUUUCUAGUAUAACGUGCUUAACGACCGCUUGAUACGAUGAUCCGUUUUAUUUUACGAUCAUUUUGUAGUGUAUGAACAAGAUUCUGGAGAUCCUGCUGGCAAGGAUCAAUGAUCAUUCCUUGUGUAUGACUAUUGCGCAUCUACUCAAAACCUCUAACUUUGGAUUCUCCCCGGCUAUCUUUGCUUACGGAAGGAUGUACCUAGGCGAAGCUGCUGAAGGAGACACCGCAGCAAAAGCCGAAGAAGGCGCAUUGGUAUUAGGAUCUUGUAUUUGUGAUGUGGUUUUGUGGAUGAUAUUCUCCAAGUCAUAGUAAUCGACUACAUUGGAGUGAGUUGUCUCAACAUGAAAAGUCUCGUCACUACCACGAUGAAAUAGAGGAAAGCUGGAAAAUAAGAAAAAAAAACAGUAUGAUCAGGGGAAGGGGUUCUUAAUUUCCAACAGCCAUGAGCUCAGGUGUUGAGGACGAGCCUAAGGCCGAAACCGUGGACACUCCAGAGGACGACCUGAACUUUGUGGACAAGAACAAAUAAUAUAUUUAUCAUCUACUGGUGCCGGGUUACCACUUUAUGACUAUAGAUACUAUGUAUGAUUCCUCCUUCUCAAACAGGGUUUUCGUCCCGCGCCUCUGCGACCAUUAUGACUCCUCCCUCUCAAACAGGGUUUUCGUCCCGAAAAGACGCCUCAGCGACCAUUCGGCCUAGAUUUUGAGUCUUUGACUCAGGCAGAGCGUGCAGUCCUGCAACCACCCUAUGCUGUUAGGACUGAGCGACCCUGUGUGCAGAUCGAAGGGGACGAGGUGAAAGUUACGGUCGAGCAGCGCACUUUAGAGAAAAAACAGCAUGAUCGCGAUGUCUUCGGAACCAAGUGGUUUUAAUCCGUCAGAAGUGCUAGCACCAUCCAUGAGGACGGUGGCAUUUUUCACUUCUUGAGCUCCUGAAUUGUCAGCAUACUCAGAAGUGUUGUACUACAACUACUAGGACAUCAGCCGAGAAGACGGUAACAAAAAAAUGGUUGUAAAGAAUGGUCAGUGAAAAACUUUUUCAAUGUCAAGUAUGUAGAAGUAGAAAGGCGUUGUCCUUGCUGGUAUCGAACAUAUAGAAGAUGAUCAUGUAGUUAGACGUUUUUCACGUGCAAUAGCAAUCUACAUCGAAGCUUGGUGGGUAGAAUCUUCAUGCUUUCU